AUGCCGUACAACAGUCAGAAAGAGCAGAUGUGGGCCAAGCUUUCCAUGUUAUCCAGGGAAGGGUCGACGAGGAGAUCAAUCACCUCUCGCGCCGCGUAUGACAAAGUCUGCCAGGCAUUCUAUCAGGCAGAGAACUACCCUCUGCCUGAUAAGCCGUCAACAGACACCAAAGAGUUCCUGGCGGAGUCCAACGUUUGGUUGUACUACGCAUCGUUGAUUAUCCCAGUCGGCGAGAGCAUGCCUUUUCCUGGCCACGACCCACGAUUGCCAACACCAUCAGCACCAAUCUCAUUAUCAGCCUUCGCAAUGCGUCAUGAGCUUCGAGUUAGGCGAGGUUUCUUCUCGCAACUUGGCUGGAACCCCGAGACGGGUGAGCCGUGGAUGGCUAUCAGAUGUUAUGCUGAUCGAGCAUACCCAGCUCUGUCAGGCAUGAUCUUCCCCCAGCUGUCAACAUUAUGCGUGCAUGGGCUAACAAAUGAAGGUUUAAAUCAGAAGUACAUAUUUGAACUGCAGAAAAUGGAACCUUCAUUCAUCCUCCAGUACACUAGAUUUGUUGGAACGGAUUUUCCGGGGUCAGAGAAAUACAUUCUGAUGUGGCCUGAGUUCAGAUAUCUGUUAGAUCUGGUUGAUCCGAAGACGUGGGAGAAGUUCAAUCAAUUCCGAGCUUUCUUGCAGCUCUGGGCUUCGGAGCCAGGUGACACUCGGACUCCCAUAUCAGAAUGUUAUUGGAAGCACCUUCGAAGUCGGUCUUAUGCAAAGCAGACUCUGGCGCCACUUCCAGCGGAAUUCGAUUUUGAAUACUAUCGAUCAUUCAUGAGAACAUCUUCGAGUCUUCAAGAACGUCACUCGAAGUUCUCGGCAAACUGUGGAUCCGAUUGUUGUUCGUCUUCAAGUCAUGUCAAUUAUCAGCAACGAGAAGGGUCAUAUUUGAGGCAUUAG